AUCAUAACGCAAAUAACAAGUUUAGCUAAAUAUACAUUUGUAUAGCCUUUAAGCCUCAGACACACUGGCGCGAUUUUAUAACAGUCCUUAGUUGCAAAAGGGGAAAGAACCACAUUUAAUAACUUAUCGUACCUGUCGUACGAAUGGGUGCCUUUGUGUGACAAAGGCUUUAUUAACCAUAAUCAAAUCUCGGUAUUUAGAAUACAGCAUCUUAACAAACUGGUUGUGUUGUGACGGGUCGUCUCGGGCAAAUUUUACACAAAUACUUACCAUUUCAAUAUUAAUAAUAAAAUACUUAUUUUAGUGCCUGUGAUAUUCAACCUUGACCAUGAAGGGGAAAAGUGAGGAAAACCUCGAGAAACAAGGAAAAGUGAUAGAUCUGUCUAACAUUUUGAAUUACUUCGGGAGGUACCAGUAUGUUCAGUUCUUCCUGGCAUGUUUCCCGGCCAUGUUCGUCAAUCUCAUCAACAUCAACUUCGUGUUUCUCGCUGGAGAUGUCAAUUAUAGAUGCAAGAUCCCCGAGUGCGAUACCUCACCCCCCUUCGACCAGCACCCCCCGUGGUGGCCCGACGCUGCCAUAGACCGGUGCUCCCGCCCUAUGCUAGACCCGGCAUCCUUCUCCGGAGUCUGUAGUAACACCAGCUUCACGGGCGCAGUGGAGGCCUGCACCGAGUGGGUCUACGAGAAUAAUAGCACUAUGAUCGCUGAUCUCGACCUGGCGUGUCAGCCGUGGAAGGCGAGCCUGGUGGGCACGGUGCACAACUUUGGGACCAUGACGUCCAUGCUGAUCGCUGGGUGGAUGUCCGACAGAUUUGGCCGCAAGCCAGCGCUGAUCGUGUGCGCCAUCGCCGGCUGCGUGGGGCAUCUGAAGCCCUUCGCGACCUCCUACUACAUGUACAUAGCCGUGGAGUACCUCGAGUCCUUCGUCUCUGGAGGGGCCAACGCUGCUGCUAUGAUGUCCAUGAUCGAAAUAUCCGGCCCGAAGUACCGUUUGCUGGCGGGCGUGAUAUUCGCGUACGCCGUGUACCUCGGCGAGUUCAUCUUCGCCAUCGCCGCCAUGUACAUCCAGGACUGGAAGACCCUGGCCCGGGUCAUCUACACGCCUCCGCUCUUCUUCAUCACCUACAUCUACUUCAUCAAGGAGAGCCCACGCUGGCAGAUCCUCAACAGCAAAACCGAAGACGCGAAGAAGGCCCUCAAACUCAUAGCCGAAAUGAACCACAUCAACAUCUCUCAGGAAGAACUAGCGAAGUUGGAUGACCAGGAAUUAAAGCAGAAAUUCAACAUGGAAGGGUACACGAAGAAGGAGAGUUUGAAGAAGAUUUUCGGUUCGCGGGAGAUUCUGAAGCGUCUGAUAACGGCGUUCAUGUGCCGUUUCUCGGCCAGCUUCGUCUACUACGGGCUGAUGAUCAACUCGGUGUACCUCCCAGGGAACAAGUACACUAACUUCAUGCUGGCCACAGUGAUGUCGUUCCCUGGCGAGCUGGUGGCGUUGUAUCUGAUGAACAAGUUCGGGAGGAAGAAGCCGCUGAUAUGUGGCUUUCUACUGAGCGGGCUGUUCUGCGUUGUCACGGGGUAUAUUCCAACUGAAUACAAAUGGGCAACGAUCACGUGCUUCCUGCUAGGCAAGAUGAUCAUAGCCGUCUGCUUCACGGGCGCCGUGACGUACGUGAUGGAGCUGUUCCCGACCAGCGCGCGCGGCUGUCUGCUGGGCGUGGGCGCCUUCGCGUCGCGCCUGGGCUCCAUGCUGGCGCCCCUCACGCCGCUACUGAUGACAGUCUCCCCAGUGCUACCCUCUAUAUUCUUCGGAGGAUCCGCGAUACUGUCCGGGUUCCUUCUGACCAGGACCCCAGAGACCAAGGAUGUCCCACUACUGGACACCAUAGACCAGGUCAACGCUUCGGCCAAGAAGAGGAAACAGGACAAAGAAAACCUCAAAGCAGGCAUAGAGAACUAUGCGUACCGCAGUGAUAGUAGUUACACGCAUGAACAGUAG